AUGGAAUCAGCAAUCAGAUCUCGCAAACGAAAGCACUCGUCGUCGAAAUCGGAUCAUUUUAGAGGUGUAUUCACUCGCAGCAAGUCGCUGAUCCAUAUCCAUCGACACCGCUCCGGUUAUGCUCGACCCGAUUCGAAUCGCAGCCGUAGCCUUAUUCACUCAUUAGUAGCCAAACAACAACAAUCAGUAGAUGCAGUUAAUACAAAUCAAGGUUCAGUGAAGGAUCUACGAGCACGGAGAGUGUUUUCACCUACAGAUAAUGAUGUUGUUGUAUCUAUAGGUGACGUUGUUUUAGAAGAUGUAGAUUGUAAGAAUAUUGAUGAUGCAAACCCUAAUUUUUCGGAUUUGGGGGUUUCCGAUAAGGAUGGGCAGAGUGAUGAAAUCGGAUUUGAGGCCGAAAAAGUCGAGCAAAAUAAGGAUGUUGAUGAGAAGAUUGGGAUGGUUUCUAAAGGUUCUGUUAGUAAAAGCCAGCCUACGGUACAAAGUUUAAAAGGCCGAAGGAAGGUAUUUAAAAGUCCAAGCUCUUUUAGCUAUAGAAGGUUGCUUCCUUAUCUGGAGGAUCUAGGGAAUGAUGACUCUUCAAGUUUUGAGAUAGUUGAGGCAAAAUUGUCCGAACAAGCUCAAAAUUCUAAUACUGUUGCCACUAAAGACCAGGACAUUGGUGGUGCUUUUACUAAGGCUAAAAGUUGUGAAAAACAAUAUUCAAACGGUGGAAAUCCUGAUAUAACUACAACUGUUGAGAACUCUGAUUUGGUGCAAAAAAACAAUGAAGAUGUUAUAAAUGAUGCAUUAGAGGAGAGUGAGCAGAUGACACCACCAGAUUCAGAUGUUUAUAGUAAAUCGAAGGUUGAUAAACUCCUUGAUGUGCAUGCAAAGCCAGCAUCUAAGCCGGUACUUCGUCCUUACUCUAGAAUGACAUUACUGCAAACUCCAACAUCUUUUAGUCAUAGAAGAUUGCUUCCUUUCCUGAUGAGUGUUGCCGGAGACAAUUCAUGCGCCCCAAAAGACGGUCAAUCCUUAAUACUUGAGAAGGCUUCAGAUCGUAACCAACAGCAGCCAAGUCUCUCGACACAUCACAAUAUCAAUACAGACGAGUCUAACACCAAUGAUACGUCUGGACAGAUGAGUACUGCGGAUCAGAAAUCAGAUUCUCCUACAUCCACCUUGAUUCCAAUUGACACACCAUUUGAUAUAGUAAAUACAGUCGCACCAGUUUCAAAUUACAAUGGUUUGGAUAUUCAAGGAGCAGAAAAAGAGUCCAUUGGAUCAACUUUACGGAUGGAAGUAAAUACACAAGCCAAACAAAUCGACAGUUCCAUUAAAAUGGAGCAAUCAUCACCAAAAAAUAAGUUGAAAUCUGUUGAAGAGUCUUCUACAGUUAUAGAAACAUUGCCCGGCAUACUCACUGAACAAAGUAUUAACAAUAAUGACGACCUCACCAGAUUAAGAAGUAAUCAUAGUGGGGACAAUCAGACGCCAGUCACUGUAAGUGUACAACAUUCAUUGUUGCCUAUUACACCACAAAGUGCCCCUAGAAUUAUUGGGGAAAUAAUCAAAACUGGAAUAUUGAAGAGAACUCCACGAGGGUGCAGAGGGAUCUGUAACUGUCUGAACUGCAUGUCAUUUCGUUUACAUGCUGAACGAUCCUUUGAGUUUUCAAGAAAUCAGAUGAAUGAUGCUGAAGAGGUUGCAUUGGAACUCAUUAAUGACUUGACAUGUCUCAGGAAGAUUUUGGAAAGCACUGCUAAUGGUUCCGUUUCUCUUGCUACCGAAAAGGAACAACAGGUAAAAGAAGCCUGUGAAAAAGCUUUGUAUAAGGAAGCUGUAGCAAAAGCUAAAUUGGCCCAAAUGAACGAGGAUCUAAGUGUUCAUUGCAGAAGCGUGAGCUUAACGAGGCCAAAAGUGACAUUUGCAAACAAGGUUGAAGAAAAAGUUUAUUCAAAGGAGGUUGUUUAUGGAAAGAAGGGAGUCUCAAAAUGAUCUGUUGUUAAUCUUUUGCAGGGUGUAGCUAAGCUUUAUAUUGAUCAAUGUUUUGAUGUAUGUGUAAAUUUUAUGAGUUGGUUAGUACCCAUGAAGCUUGUGUUUACCUUUUAUGGGAUAUACAACAGAUGAUAAUCUUUUUGAAGUUGUGCUGAAUUGAUCAACAAAUUUUUAUUU